AGCCAAGCAGGUGGUGCAUCGCCCUAUCGAAACGCGCGCGUACAUACGCACUGACAAAGCCAGCUGAUCACUCUUCGCUUCCCUCCUGCUUUGCACGCACUCACGCACCAUAUCUCUAUCGGAGAAUCUAUAAAGUUCACGCCUUUUUCGUCGUUGAGUCACCGAGUGACUCAGUCCUCCAUGGCUGAACAGUCGAAAACUCGAAGCGAUGACCCUUUCUUGCUCAAGUAUACCGCCAACGAACUCCGGACUGUCUCCGAGUUCGUCACCAAUUGGGCACCCUUUCUAUCCCGAGGGCUCUGCCACUCAUGUUCUGUCACCAUCUCCGAUCGCAUCCGAUAUCUUCAUCAAGAAGCUGGUAGAGAUGUAGUAUGCGCCGAGCAUAAAGAGGAUGUUGCAGCGUCUACAUCAGGCAAUAAGGGUUUGAUAGGAGAUUGGAAUCAGGAAAAUUGUGACACUCAUUCUAUUGGGAGCUGGAAUAAUGCUUCGGACAUGAAUGAUCAUGCUGACACACAUUCACUGGGGAGCUGGAAGGAGGAGGAAGAAGGGUCUCCGGAGGUCUUUUCACAAGCGGGUAUCUAUACAGAUGUACCAUCAAAAUCCUCUGGCGCCGGCAUGUUAAAGAGUGAAAAUUUAAGCACGCAUGUGUUGCAAGGGGUGAUGAAAAUGUCAUGGGCUGAUAUGGCUCAGGAGGAUGAGCUAGAGACCGAGGAGUGUGGUUUAAGUUUGACAUUGACCAAUGAGAGUGGUUUAUCUUGGAAAGAGGGAGCAUUUGAGCACGAUGAGUCUCAUAAGCCAAAAACCGAGCUUUCAAGAGAACAAAGGGAGUGCAUCCGGUUUAGCAAUGUGAAGAGAAAGAAGGAUUUUAUAUGUUUGGAAAGGAUUGAUGGGAAGAUUACAAAUAUACUGGAUGGAUUGGAGCUACAUAGCGGCAUUUUCAGUGCAGCUGAGCAAAACAGGAUUGUCAAUUAUGUGGAAACACUCCAUGACAAGGGAAAGAAUGGGCAAUUAAAAGAGAGAACCUAUACUGCACCAGAAAAGUGUAUUGGGGGUAAGGGGAGAGUGUCAUUACAAUUCGGUUGCUGCUACAACUAUGCAAGUGAUACAAAUGACACUCCACGCAUCCUCAAAAAUGACAUCGUUGAUCCUAUACCUCAACUUUUGAAAGUCAUGAUUAAAAGGCUUGUCAGGUGGCAUGUGAUACCUCCUAACUCCGUACCUGACAACUGUAUUGUGGAUAUUUAUGAAGAGGGAGAUUGCAUUACGCCUCGUAUUGAAAGUCAAGAUUUUGCUAGGCCAUUAUGUGCUGUUUCAUUCUUAACGGAAUGUCAUGUCAUUUUCGGGUCAAACUUGAAAGUGUUGAGCCCUGGUGAAUUUGAUGGUCCAAUUGCGAUUUCCUUGCCCGUCGGAUCUAUUCUUGUGUUGAAUGGAAAAGUAGCUGAUGUGGCUAAACAUUGUGUUUCGGCAGUUCCUUCCAAAAGGAUCUCAAUUACAUUUAGGAGAAUAGCUGAAUCCAAACAACCCGUUGGAUAUGUUCUGGAUCCUGACUUGCAAGGUCUUCAGCCUCUAUCAAAUGAAGUAGACAAGUCCAAGAAAUCGAAAAAGGCAAGGCAGAGGCAGCAUGAUAUGAAGAAACAUGUGAGCGGACGAGAGGAGAAUGUUGGGGGGCAACCAAGAAGACCAAUAGAAAGGGGCUUUGGAGAGAACAGAUACUCGUUGGGUCAAUCCGAUCAGAGGAACACGAGUAAGCCCAGGGUGACUGUGGAUUUGGAAAGGUCAGCUGACCAAUCUUAUCGCCGAACUGUAAGAUUUCACCGCCAUCUCCCGUGAAUGAUGGCAGGAGCUUGUUAUUAUGUCACUUGUGUGGUGUGUUCUUUUAGUAUUCCAAAGCAGUUUGUUAGUUUUUGGUGGGGUUGGGCAUUUCAGUUUGGUUUUAAACGGUCUUGUUUUAUUCGGUUUAGUUUGAAUUGGUUUGGGAUUUGUUUAGAUUAAUAGAGGUUGGUAAAAACAACCCCAUUCUAAAACAGAAAUACAUAUUAUUCGGGUUUGAAUUGAGUUGAUCAAGUCAAACGGAAUCAAAAUGCCCACCACUAGUUUUUCUGUUUAUGUUCUGGUUUGGGUAGGUUUAAAGGGUUGUGUUCUGGUUAAAUUAGUUGUGGUCGGGUUCGGUUAAUGCAGUUUGGAGAACAUCACCAUACUACAACCAAAUUACACAUAGUUUGUAGUGCAGCCAAACUGAAUCAAAAUGUGACUCUGGUUUGUGGCCCGGCUUGCACGGUUGCACCGCUACAUCAUCUAGAUGCAUCCUUAGUGAACUUUUUAAGCAACAUUUCUAAAUUUUCUAGUUAGGAUUUAUGCCAUACAGUUGGCUGAGUAAUGCCUGGCUGAGCCCCAUCCUGAGUUUGAGCUUGUGCCUGAGACAUGAAAUCUCUAUGGUGGCAGUUCAGUCUAAUGGUUAUGGUCCCAAUCAGGCACUAUCCUUCCUAAUUGGGUAGCAUUGACCAAACCCAAUCUUUUACGGCAUUCUUAGUUCGCAGGGAAUCUCUAAGAUGAAGAUUGCAAGCCAUGUGAAAGUCCAAUGUGGGGCAAUUUGGUCGGUUGUUAUAGUCUGUUGUAUAUUACGGCUAAUAAUUUGGUAAGACUGCUGUAUUAUUUAUAUAUUUAUUAAGAAAAACAUUGUGUAGUUUAUCUUGUAAGGCCCAAUUGGCCAAUUAUACGCAUAAAGCUUAUGUUGAAACUUGAAAGUGAAGAGUAAAAGAAGUCUGGAAUGGAAGAGUACCAGAAGUCUAGAAUGAUAC